CAGUGCUGAUAGGGGCCACAAAGGGUUUUAGGGUUUUAUUUCAGGCAGAAGUUGUUUAUAACCGUUUAUUGGCUAAAGAGUUGGAUUUUGCUAAUUGAGAUGCUUUGGAUGCAAAGUUGUUGUCUUUAAGGGAAUAAUAAUAACAAGAAGAAACAAUGGGAAAGAAGAGAAAACACAGUGAGACGGAGGUGGUGGCACCUCCUAAGAAGGAUACGAUUGCUGCAGAGAGACCUAAAAGGACACUCUUGGGUUGGAAAGACAAGAAUGAAGAAGUGGAUAAAGAAAGUGAUUCCACUGUCUUCAGGAACAAAGAGAAGGUUUUAGUUACUUGCUCGCGCCGCAUCAAUUACAGGUACCGGCAUUUAAUGCUGAAUGUGGUGUCACUCUUGCCACACUGCAAGAAGGAUAACAAGGUCGAGUCAAAGGCUAGUAAGGGCACCACUUUGAAUGAGCUGGUCGAGCUAAAGGGUGGCUCUUCCUGUCUGUUUUUUGAGUGCAGGAAACACAAAGAUCUUUAUCUAUGGAUGGCAAAAUGCCCCAAUGGACCAUCUGUCAAAUUUUUAGUAAAUGCUGUGCACACGAUGGAGGAAUUGAAGCUUACUGGAAAUCAUUUAAAAGGGUCUCGUCCCAUUUUGACUUUCUCAGACAAUUUUGAUAAAGAUGCUCAUUGGAAACUUUUGAAAGAGAUGAUAAUUCAGAUAUUUGGAAUACCAAAGGACCACAGAAAAUCUAAACCUUAUCAUGAUCAUGUGUUUGUUUUCUCCAUUGUUGAUGACCACAUAUGGUUUCGGAAUUACCAGAUAUCUGUACCUCAUAUUGAAGCAGAUAAAGUGGCUCGAGGGGGCCUAGAAAAUAUGACCCUUGUUGAGGUCGGUCCACGAUUCUGCUUGAACCCAAUCAAAAUAUUUGGUGGCAGCUUUGGAGGCCCUACCCUAUAUGAGAAUCCAUUUUACAUAUCACCAAAUCAGAUUCGAGCAUUGGAGAAAAGGAAAAAGGCUGGGAAGUAUGCGAAGAAAGUCAAAGCAAAGACAAGGAGGAAGAUGCAUGAGCUAUCAAAUCCAUUGGAGCCUGAUGAGUUUGCAGAUAUGUGGAAAGAAUGAUACAAUUGAAGACCUUGUCCUUUUUUGUUAUAAGGAACAUAAUUUCCUAUCAUCCUCUAUCCAGCUUGAAAUUGCAUACUUUGCUUAAUUGCUUGUGCACUUCAAGUUUGAGGUUUUUUGUCACAUCAUCCAUACUUCAUUUGCUUCUCUUCAAUAUGAUAUCGUAUUUUUCCCUAA